AUGAAUAACAAUUUCGAUUUUCUCCAAUUUUCCUCUGGCCUUAUUAAAACUCCUCCACAUGCGCUCUGCCUCCAACUUCCAACUCCCAGUCAUCUCUACAGCCGCAACUCCACACAGCCGCAACUUUCAGUCGACGGCAGGCCGUCGGUUGAGCCGCGCUUUGAACACACCGGCGGCGGCGACGGCGGCGGCGACGACGGCUCCGAAGCGUCGCGACGUGCCUGCUCAUCCGUUACCGUGGUAACUUACAUUCCUUCUAAUGGUAAACAGUUGCGCUUUACGCCCGCAGGCGUCUUUCAUGUUGCGAUGUUCCUUUGUGAGUUCUUUUCGAUGCUGCUGGAGGCCCUUUUUCGGUUAGCCCAAGAACUUCGACGACGACCGGCGAGUUUGUUGAUUUUGGUAAAUCAACCCGGGGAGUCAUCGUUUCGCUAA